GAUGGCGCUUAGAAAGCUUUAAGCACCCUCAGUCGUGCAAUUUUUUCUGUUAAAGUCGGACGCUACAUUUAUGCUUCAACUUCCGAUUUCGUUGCGGCGACGGUAACGAUGGCUGACUUGAUGCAGCUCAGACAGGCGACGUAGGAAACAGCAGUCACUUAUCUGCUGAUGGCACAUAUAGGUUAGCCCUCCGGUUACACAGACGGGAACAUGUUGUCCACUGCGGUGCUCUUUUUUUUAACAGUGGGAUCUGUCUGUGAACAAGCCGCACCAGAAAAAAAACUAGUUUAUGUGACUGUGUUGUUUCGGCAUGGUGACCGGUCACCAGUCAAAGCCUAUCCUACCGACCCACACCAAGAGAGUGCCUGGCCACAAGGCUUUGGACAGUUAUCACAGGAGGGGAUGAGGCAGCACUUUGAGCUGGGCCAGUUCCUGAGGAAUCGAUACAAAGGAUUCCUCAACGAAUCCUAUGACAGACAUGAGAUCUCCGUUCGCAGCACAGACUACGAUCGCACCCUGAUGAGCGCUGAGGCCAACCUGGCAGGUCUCUACCCUCCCACUGGUCAGCAGGUCUUCAAACCCAACCUGAGGUGGCAGCCAAUACCUGUACACACGGUGCCGCAAAGUGAAGAGAGGCUUCUCUCAUUUCCUCUGGGAGACUGUCCUCGCUACAAACAGCUGAUGAAUGACACUGAACACACAGAAGAAUUUAUUAAUGUCACCACUACAUACCAGGACAUCAUUGAACUGGUGAGGAAUAAAACAGGACUGAAUAAGACCAACGUGGAAUCAGUCUGGAGUGUGUACGACACACUCUACUGUGAGUCCCUUCACAACAUGUCAGCUCCUGACUGGGUGACUCCUGAUGUGAUGGAAAAGCUCAAAGUGCUAAAAGACUUUGGAUUUAAGGUCAUGUUUGGGGUCUACAAACAACAAGAAAAGAGCCGGCUGCAGGGAGGUAUCCUCUUGGAUGCAAUAGUGAAGAACCUUUCCAAGAUGGCUGUCCCAGACCCGAAACAGCAACUCAAAAUGAUGAUGCUGUCAGCGCAUGACACCACUGUAGCUGCUCUACAGGCCAGCUUGAAUGUGUUCAAUGGAAGACAGCCGCCAUAUGCCUCCUGUCAAAUAUUUGAGCUGUACAGAGAUGACAACAGCUCUGUUUCGGUGUCGAUGUUUUACCGGAAUGACAGCUCAGUGGAUUUGUACCGGCUGCAGUUACCAGGCUGCUCCCUUGACUGCCCCCUGGAGGACUUUGUGAGACUUACAAUGCCCUCAAUUUCACAAGACAGGGACAAGGAGUGUCAGGUGCCUUCUGAGGGGAGAAAUAAAGAGGUGAUCAUCAGUCUGGUGGUGUCCGGCUGUCUCCUCUUCUUUCUCAUCGUCCUCCUCCUCGGGGUGAUUUGUUGGCAAAAAGAUCCAAUCAGCAACCAGGGAUACCACCAUGUGAUCAACCAAGAGGUCGGCGAGGAAUCCUGACAGAAGCACAAGCUCCUCCCUCGGAGGUCUACAAGCCUCGCAUCCUGGGACAGCAGUGAUGACGACGAACUCUAAAAACUCCUGUCUGACCUUUCUGACGGCGUCAUCAAGUCCGGUUCAGGACCCACGUGAUAUACAUAUAUAUAUAUUUUUUUUUAUAAACAGGGAGUUUUCUGUCCAAAAUGGGAAGAAUUUAAUAAACAUUUUUUAAAAAUUAA